AACAAAAAUGGCGAUUGUUGUCUUUUGAACAAGUGGAACAAGCUCGGCUAGUUUUACGCGUAUGUUUUUCUCAAUUAUCACGCUUUAGAUUGUAAAAUUUAGUCGUCAAAUUCAAUAACAUCGUCACAGUUUGCCACCCGUAGAAAUCGCAGUUGAAGACCAUGUCCGCGCCGCCGAAAUUUCCCGGCACCGGGCUGGAAGAGGUCAAUGUUCCCGGCCAAGCUUAUCUUCGAGAUGCAUUAUCCUGCUGUGACGAUCCGCUGAAAGCCAUCGAAAACUUCCAACUGGAAAACGGGAUCCUGCUUCCGUCGCUGCGGCCUAUGCUUCCGCUGCUAGAUUUGCACGGCGUUCGACGUCUCGAUUUCCACACUUCUGUCCUGGAGGAACUCCGGGAUAAGUUGAUUGCUCACAUUAACGAGGUGGGAGCUAAGGAAGGACGGGAGCGAGAUCGCAAGCUGAAGGAACUGCUGGUCAAGAGCUUCCCGGUGGUCAGGGUCAAAGCCCUGCGUCCGGUUGUGAUGUGCAUCCUGAGGAACACCAGCCACAUCGAUGAUAAGUAUUUGAGGAUUUUGGUGCGAGAUCGGGAGUUGUAUCAGGAUACGGAUACCGAAGUUAAACGACAGAUCUGGAGGGACAAUCAGUCGCUGUUUGGGGAUGAAGUUUCACCCCUGCUGUCCCAAUACAUUCGCGAAAAGGAGCACAUCCUGUUCGAUCAUAUGAAUUUGAACAAUUUGUUCUUUACACCGACGCCGAAAGUUCGCCGGCAAGGGGAAGUCGUCCAGAAGUUGGCCCACAUGAUUGGGAACAGCGUCAAAUUAUACGACAUGGUGCUACAGUUUUUGCGAACGCUUUUCCUGCGAACCAGGAAUGUACACUAUUGUACGUUGCGAGCGGAACUGCUUAUGGCCUUGCACGAUCUGGAAGUGCAGGACAUCAUUUCGGUGGAUCCCUGCCACAAGUUUACCUGGUGCUUGGAUGCCUGCAUCCGUGAGAAGAACGUCGACAUCAAACGGUCCCGAGAGUUGCAAGGCUUCCUGGAUAAUAUUAAACGCGGACAGGAACAAGUUCUGGGUGAUCUGUCGAUGACGCUCUGUGACCCGUACGCGAUCAAUUUCCUGGCGACUUCGGCGAUUAAAAUCCUGCAGCAUUUGAUCAACAACGAAGGUCUCCCGAGAGACAACACAAUCUUGAUUCUUCUGUUGAGAAUGUUGGCACUCGGACUCUCAGCUUGGAUUAUGAUUGACUCGCAGGACUUCAAGGAACCGAAACUAGACAGUCAAGUCGUGACAAAGUUCCUACCAGCACUGAUGUCUCUAAUGGUAGACGAUCAAGUGCGCAACUUGCACGCUAAAUUGCCACCGGAUGAGCGCGAGAGCGCCAUUACGACGAUCGAACAUUCUGGCCCAGCUCCGGACGCUGUGGAGGCCUACAUUCAGGAGAGUGCUGUCGCUUCCAUUCUCGCCAUGUAUUACACCUUGCACACGGCUCGCCAGAAGGACCGCGUCGGAAUCCUUCGGGUGAUGGCCAUCUUGGCUUCUUGCAAAGACGAUCGGGCCUACGAGGAUCCCUUCCUGCAUUCGCUGAUUGCCCUGAUGAUUCCCAUGUCCGAAGAAUUCGCCAACGAAGACUUCUGCACCGGACUGUUCGACGAGUUCUUGUUUGCCGGUCUCACGCGGGACAACGUCACCCGACAUAUGCUGAAGCUGCUGUGGUACAUCCACCAGAAGUUGCCCCAGGGUCGAUUGCAGACGUUGCUAAAAGCGCUGCAGCCGAACGCCCAGCACCACGAGAACGUCCACAAGCUGUACGAGAAUCUGCAGAAACGGGUCAUGGCAACGCACCACGAACCGAUGCCGGAGCCGAUGGAGACGGACUUUGAUUCGCCGUUAAAGAGCGUUCCCACGCCGGGACCGCAUUACGUUCAAUGAACUGUUUUGGGGAAGACGUCGAUGAAUUAGAUUAUACAUAAAUAUUAAAUACUUAGAGUGUAAGAACUACAAAAAUAUAAUCAAUCGUAGAAUAGUCUA